CAACAAAAAAGAGAAUAAGAAGAAGUAAAACAAAUUAAAAUACACGUUGCAUUGUUUACAUUUCUUUAAAUUUGUUUUUAUUAUGGUGCGCAUAAAAAAUCGUUAUGUUGUUGUACAAAUUAUACCACACAAUGCACAAACCAAAGUUUUACACCUAAAAGAUCACAUUCUUUCCAAAUGUAUAAUGUCACAUGUCCAAAAGUUUUAUGGUGUCUAUGGGGCUGGCUUAUUGGAACAUGGAUUUCGUGUUAAAUAUUGCAAUGAAAGGACUAAAAUUGCUAUAAUACGUUGUUCUCAUUAUUCGCAUAAAUUUGUCACCAGCAUAUUACCUUUAAUAACAGUGAUCGGUGAAACUCGAGCUAAAUUUCGAACUAUAUAUACGGGAGCUACAAUCAUGCAGUGCAAUAAAUUUAUUAUAAAACAUCAACAGAAAUUCCUGGAUUGUAUGGUGGGACAAAUUGAAUCCGCGAAAGAAAGACAAGAUAUGAUAAAACGUGUAUUGGAAUUUGAAAUAAAUUAAUAAAACACCAAUACGAAUAUUACAA